AUGGGACGUGACUUCGGAAACAGAGGUGGCGGCGGCGGUAUGUUGUUCAGACGUUGUUUGAUAACAGAUUUUGCUGUUUAGUAAAUGCAACUAUAUAUUUCUAUUUUAGGGGGCUUCCGUGGUGGCCGAGGCGGCGGGGUCCGUGGAGGAGUUGGUGGCCGAGGUGGAUUUGGAGGCGGUCGUGGAGGUCGCGGCGGAGGCUUUGGAGGUCGUGGAGGUGGAGGCGACAGGAGCUUUGGUGGUGGCGACAGGAGCUUUGGUGGUGGCGACAGAAGCUUCGGUGGUGGUGAUCGCAGUUUCGGUGGUCGUGGAGGCGGCGGAGGAUUCCGAGGAAAAAGCCCUGGAGGUAGAGGACGUGGUGGACCUCGCGGGGGAGGCCGUGGAGGAGGUCCCGGAGGGAUGAAAGGAGGCAAACAAGUUGUCGUCGAACCCCACCGUUUCGAAGGUAAGUUUUCGGUUCUUCUUUGUAUUUUUUAGGCGUUUUCUUGCUGAGAGGAAAGGAAGAUACUUUGGCCACCAAGAACUUCUGUCCUGGGGAUUCCGUGUACGGCGAGAAGAGAGUCUCGGUGCCUGGAAGCGAUGGUGAACAGGUCGAAUACCGUGCCUGGAAUCCUUUCCGAUCAAAGUUGGGAGCCGCGAUCUUGGCCGGGACAGAAAAUAUCCACAUAAAGCCGGGGGCCAGAGUUCUGUACUUGGGAGCUGCUUCGGGUACUACUGUUUCCCACGUUUCUGAUAUUGUUGGACCGGUAGGUUGAUUUGCUCGAUUGAAUUUGCCUUUUUUAACCGUUUAUUAUAUCCGUUUUAGGAAGGUAUCGUUUAUGCUGUCGAGUUCUCUCACAGAUCUGGCCGUGAUCUCUUGGGGGUUGCUAAAAAGCGACCAAAUAUUGUUCCUAUCGUUGAUGAUGCUCGUCUGCCACAAAAAUACUCUAUGAUCGUUGGAAUUGUUGAUGUGAUCUUUUCGGACGUCGCUCAGCCAGAUCAAGCUCGUAUUGUUGCACUGAACGCGCACAAAUUUUUGAGAAAUGGAGGGCAUUGUGUCAUCUCCAUCAAGGCAAACUGUAUUGAUUCUACUGCCGAACCCGAAGCUGUAUUCGCCGGAGAAAUCGAUAAACUGAGAAAGGAACAUUUCACUCCUCGAGAACAGUGUACUCUCGAGCCAUACGAGCGCGAUCACGCUGUGGUGGUGGCUGAAUACAGAGCCAAGAAGAAGAAGAAAAAUGCCGAUGAGGAAUAA